AUGCCCUCAUCAGAGCGGAUCGAGCAGCAGCUUGCUACACCAUGUGUUACAUGCCGUGAUCGCUCGGUUCCAAGAUGUGGUCGUUGCGUCCGGGCAGGUCACGAUUGCAAACUAGGCUUCAAAUUCAAGCCCAGUAAAGAUACGUUUAAGAGAAACCAAAGAUGGGUUAAGCCGCCGAAAAAGUUAAUCUACGUCGAUGAGAGGCGAGGCUUUAUCAUAGGAAGCCCACAAGAGGAUAGUUCCCAAUAUCAUGACCAUAUAGGGGAAAGUCAUAAUUGGCAACAGGAUUCGACUUCUUCCAGUGUCACGCCUCCAAUAAUUCCCAGCUCAACAGAGUACAGCGGGAUAAGUGGGCAACCCGCGGAUGAUGUUCAACCGCAAAACAUACCGAAAGAUAACGGAAGGUUUCAAAAUGAGUGUACAUCGGUGUCUGUACUUCAUACUCAGAGACAUAUUCCAGGACCCAAGUCUACUGGUUCUUACGUUCUGCCUCCUGUGCAUAUAGAGAGUGCACGUAUACCCCUUGACGAGAGGAUUAUAACACCUAAUUUUCAUAAUGGGCCGAGUCUUCCACUCAAGGACCGGACGGAAGCCCUUCUGUUUCGGCACUAUAUCCAGAAAUUGGCGAUUUGUUUGGACUUGUGCGAUCCGCAUCGGCAUUUCGAGCUGGUCGUCCCGGAGCGCGCUGCCGAAUGCUAUAUGCUCUUGAACGCCAUUUUCGCCAUAGCCGCGAGACAUCUAAGUCACACGACGGAUUUUGACCCGUUGGCUUCGAAUAGGUAUCAUGACGAAUGUCUCAGGUACCUCAUCCCAAUGCUUAAUCAUGCCUCGACGGUUUCGGAUGAGAAUUUGUUCGCGGCAACUAUCAUCUUGCGUAUGCUUGAGGAGAUGGAUGUCCCAACAACGGGCCAAGACACUUACAGUCACCUACUCGGAAUUCACGCCUUUGUUAACGUCGGUGACCAAUACAUGGGUCCAGGGAGUCUUAGUGCAGCUUCAUUCUGGGUAGGGCUACGACAGGAGAUUUACAUUGCGGUAAUCACGCAGCAGCCUGUUAAGGUAUCUUUAGAUCACUUCGUAGUGGACCGGUCAUUUGAACCUGCCGACGAUUAUACUUGGUCAAAUCGGGCGAUCGUGCUUCUUGCCGAUGUCCUCAAUCUUUGCUUCGGAAAUAACUCACUAACGGCUGGUCAUUGGAGCGCCCUAGACGAAGCUUGCAAAAAGUGGGCUAACACUCGUCCCCCGUCAUUCAACCCAUUCUUCUAUCAAGAGCGUACGGCAUCCUCGGCUUUUCCAGAAGUAUGGCACGGAUCAGGUUGCCAUGUUAUCGGGAUCCAACAUCAUAUUCUUGCGCAGCUGUUCUUGAUCCAAUUUGACCCCUCGAUACCUAAAGUAGGCACAAAUCGCCGAGCAGCUGCAAAACACAUGACACACCGAAUUGAGAAUCUUGUAAGGGAGCUCUGUGGUAUUGGGGUAUGCAACCAGUGGACGCCGCCGGGGAUGUUCACGGCUUGCAUGGGUAUCGCUAUGUUUGGUGACCAAUUCGGCGAACGGUCCGACCAGGAAGCUCUACUAGAUAUUUUAAGGAAGACAGAGGCAGACAACGCUCGUCCAACCGCGGCAAUACAGCAGCAACUAAUGAGGGCGUGGGGCUGGCUACCGGAGGAUGACGAAUAAAAACACUAUUGAAUUUAAGCACUUCCUUACCAAGCGAAGACAUGGUAUACGAGAAUUUGAGCGGGUUACAAACAAGUGGACAAAGGAACGCUCCAGAUCGCCUCAGAUUACCGAACUUGGUCAGGCCCACCUGCCACGUUAUUCGAUGCGGGGAAUCUAAUGAGGUCUAUGGUUAUAAAUACCGAGUGACAUCCAAAUGACGUUGGUCCAUCUGGGGCAGUCCCGGUGGAUGAGAUAGCUUUGCAUCUAAGGCGAUCGGUCGAUUUUACCUCUUUUUGCAAAAGAAGGGUAAGUUGUUUCGCGGAUCUCGUUCCGCAAGGGGCGCGUACCUGAUUACUCCUCGGGCGGGUUGCCGCCCGAGCUAGCCAGCUCAAUAUAGCUGAACAUAGCUGUGUUCGGCGAUUUUCUCCUCAUUCAGCU